UACUUGGACCCGAACAAGUUUGCGGUGACUUGAACUUUCAAGUUUAGAGUUAACAUUUAAAGAAAAUCGAAGACAAGACACAGUCACACGUUUAUUUAAACCUACCAAGGUGCCUAUCAUUUGCAUAAGGUUGCAGAAUGGUGGCUGCUACUUUAAAGUUUGAAGGGACUUUGACUCCUUCAGACCCUCAAAAAAAUUCAGUACUGAUCAUUGGACAGCCUAGAUAUUUAUUAAAGAUAAAAUAUAGUGACGUGAAAGUAAAGUUAGAACCAAGAGUUGAUGAAGAGACUUUUAAGAAAGCUUUAGACUCUAAUUCAGAAAUAUGUGCUUUAUGGUUGAAUAAUGCCACUUUAGCCCAGCUGCCUGUCAAAUGUAGUCGUCAUAAUACACCUUCAAGGGCUCAUGCUUUAACUAAAAUGGUCAAGAGCUGUCUACGUGGAGGAGAUGAAUUUGUAGUGAUUGUUUGUGAGAAAAAAGAUGUAGUUGCAACAGGAUGUGGAGUUGCUAGAGCACUGCCUCUUUACCAUGGCAAGUCAGCAUCUGUCUCUCCUCAGAAAGUCACUGUACAGUUUCUUUUGGCUAACGAAGACAGUCAGACACCACUCUCACAAUCAGAAUUAGACUGUCUUACAGCUCAGGCUCAUGGUAUAAGGCUUUCUGCAAAGAUAGUGGAUAUCCCAUGUAAUAUUAUGCAUACUAAUACAUUCCUAGAGGAAAUUAAUGAAGUAGGUAAAGAAUUAGGAAUAAAACCAAUGGUUAUUGCAGGGGAGGAGUUAGACCAAAGAGGAUUUGGAGGAAUAUAUAAUGUGGGUAAGGCUGCUGUCAAUGCCCCAGCAUUAGCUGUACUAAGUCAUAAACCCACUACUGCCACCAAAACCAUUGCUUGGGUUGGAAAAGGCAUAGUUUUUGAUACUGGUGGAUUAUGUAUAAAAACGAAGACAGGCAUGUGUGGUAUGAAGAGAGAUUGUGGUGGAGCAGCAGGAAUACUGGGAGCUUUCUAUGCAGCAGUUAAACUGGGUUUUAAAGAGAAUCUUCAUGCUGUGUUCUGUCUAGCAGAGAAUGCUGUGGGGCCUACAGCGUGCAGACCAGAUGAUGUAUUUACAAUGUAUUCAGGAUUAACAGUUGAAAUAAACAACACUGAUGCUGAAGGUAGACUGGUUUUAGGAGAUGGGGUAGCAUAUGCAAGGAAAGAUUUAAAGGCCGAUAUUAUUGUUGACAUGGCAACAUUAACUGGUGCUCAGGGAAUUGCCACUGGUAAAUAUCAUGCUAGCAUACUAACAAACAACGAAGAUUUAGAAUUAGCCUGUAUUAGUGCUGGAAGAGUUUCUGGUGACCUUGUCCACCCAGUGCCAUAUUCACCAGAACUUCAUUAUAGUGAAUUUGCCAGUUCAGUUGCUGACAUGAAAAACUCGGUAGCGGAUAGAGGCAAUGCCCAAGUAUCUUGCGCUGGACUAUUUAUUGGUUCUCAUUUAGGUUUUACUUAUCCAGGAAUGUGGUUGCAUAUAGAUAUGGCUGCACCAGUACACAAUGGAGAACGAGCCACAGGAUAUGGUGUUGCAUUACUCACUACCUUAUUUGGAAGUCAAUCCCAGAAUCCUUUGCUACAGUAUAUAGCACCAUCUAUAGCAAUUCAGGAAGUGAUGGAUGUUGAUUGUGAAGAGAGUGAUGCCAAAAAACAGAAAUCUUAGUGGAAUAGUCUUUGUUAUAUAACCAGCCUGUCUAUAUAGCUGAAACAUUAUAUGUAUGACCAUGCACCUUAAACAAUUUAUACUCAGAGAAAUAUAGAACUGCAAAAAUCAAGUAGAUAGAAAAUACACAAAAAAAAAAAUCUCUUUAAUUGUAUUGGAAAUUUGUGCAAGCUUAAUCAUCAGUUUUUGUCUUUGAUUUAUAAUUUAUAUAGAUAUUAUAUAUGUUUCUGUUGUCUUUA